AUGUCCCAGAAACCAACGUCCAGCGAAAACAUCGUCAGCCAGAAGUACGACCGGUGCUUGGCGGACUUACUGGUCAAAGCCGGUGUUGGCUUUGGCGUAGGCGUCGUCGCAUCCGUCAUUCUCUUCCGGAGACGGACAUGGCCCAUUGCCCUCACGACCGGCUUCGGAGCAGGAGCAGCCUACGCUGACUGCGAUCGCUCGUUCAACCCCGCUAGAAUUCCUGGCACGCGUAUCAUAACUCAGGAGGAGGCGAGCAAGUAA